GUAGCAACAGUUGCCCCGGUGAAGGCAAGGCGCCAUAGUCACGGUAGUCCUGGCGACAAGAACCAAGCAACGGGAGUCAACAAUAACAACCUAAAUCUAAGGAAAAAAAACUUGAACGACUAAAAAAGGACAAUACUGGGAUAAACUAGAGAACUAGUUACACAAAGCAAGGGUUGCCAUGGCAACUUCUGGAUACUCAGAGGACCUUCAGCCUCAGCAGGCCAACACGGUAACCAUAGCAACACCUGCUGCCACCACACCCUCAUCGGCAAAGACUGCACACUUCUUGCCGGAGAUCCCACCAACUUCUGGAACCAUUGCAUCAGCGAACCAAUCAGCCACCUCCUCCAAAACGGGACAGGAUGCACUUUGUUCUCAAGCACCGCCCACCCAGGCCCAGAGCCAGAAGGCAGUGGUUCUGACCACUCCCACGCAGCACUAUGUAAACCCUGAAAUCCAGCACUCUGCAGUCCAGAAGAGUAAUGGUCAGGGCAACUCACCCCAGUACAUCAUAGUAACUGUUACAGAGGGCUCUGUUCACUCCAACGACAGUCUGUCAGACUCCAGCCCACCUGCCCCUGGUGUCCCUACUCAGGUGGUCCAACCAGUGCAGACCACCCAGCAGCAGAGAUCAGUGUUGCAGGCAGCCAAGAGGAUUCAGACUGGCCACAUCAACAACCUCCAGUCUGUUCACAUUAACCCGGAGGUGGAGCAUGUGUACUCUGGCCAGGUGUAUGUGGAUGGAGGAGGCGACACGACUUUUACCACAUCCACCAUUCGAUCGAGCAGCUACCCGUUCUCCGACUCACCCCUCUACUCCCAGACCCCUCCCGCCUCCUCUUCCACCUACUACGAGGCCACACCCAGCUCUGAGUCAGACAUCACUGGCUCUGUGACCUCGCAGUCGGUUUCUGUGGCAACAGCAGGAGCAAAUAGCGGAGGAGCUGCUGCGGGCGGAGGGGGCUAUGUCAUUCAGGGAGGUUAUGUGUUAGGAGGGGGAGGAGGAGCAGGAGCAGGAGGAGGAGGAGGAGGAGGACAGAGUUAUUCCAGCCCUAACUCUCGUGCCCCACCUGCUACGGUGCAGUGGCUGUGCGACAACUACGAGGGGGCAGAGGGGGUGAGUUUGCCUCGCUGCACCCUCUACUACCACUACCUGCUGCACUGUCAGGAGCAGAAACUAGAGCCUGUUAAUGCUGCAUCCUUUGGCAAACUCAUAAGAUCUGUCUUCAUGGGGUUGCGUACACGGAGAUUAGGGACCAGAGGGAACUCAAAGUACCACUACUAUGGUCUGAGGAUCAAAUCUGGUUCCCCUCUGCUCAGACUGAUGGAUGAACAACAGCACAUGGCGAUGAGGCAGCAGCCUUUCUCACAGAAAAACAGGAUAAAACCAGUUCAGAAGACCCAGGGGAUCACCAAUGGGACAUCAGGUGGGCUGGGUCAGCAGCAGGGCACGGCACUCUGCGAUAUUUCUGCACAGGUGCAACAGUAUCAGCAGUUUCUGGAAGCAUCAAGGCCACUGCCAGACUUUGUGGAUGUUGAUCUGCAAGAUCGAACUCUGCCGGAUGGGAUCCUUAUAGAACACCUCAAGGCCUUUCAGACUCUCUACAGAGAACACUGUGAGGCCAUUCUGGACGUGAUGGUCAACCUUCAGUUCACUCUUGUGGAGACACUGUGGAAAUCCUUCUGGAGGUUCAGCCAGAGCAGUGACGCAGAGUCACUCAACCUGCACAACGAGUCUGAGAAGCGUCUGCCCAAAUCGUGCCUGGUGGUGCUGUGCAAGUACGAGCCGGUGCUGCACUGGACGAAGGAGUGCGACAACCUGCUGUACCAGACUCUGGUGGAGAUGCUCAUCCCUGAUGUACUGAGACCCAUCCCUAGUGCCUUAACUCAGGCCAUCCGGAACUUUGCCAAGAGUCUGGAGAAUUGGUUAACAGGCGCCAUGAUGAAUAUCCCAGAAGAGAUGGUUCGCAUAAAGGUUGUGUGUGUAGGCUCCUUCUCUCAGACGCUGCGCCGCUACACCAGCUUGAACCACCUUGCCCAGGCAGCCCGUGCCGUCCUCCAGAACUCUGCCCAGAUCAACCAGAUGCUCUCAGACCUCAACCGGGUUGAUUUCACUAACGUACAGGAGCAGGCAUCCUGGGUGUGUCAGUGUGAAGACCGUGUUGUACAGCGGCUGGAGCAGGACUUUAAAAUGACUCUGCAGCAGCAAAACUCUCUGGAGCAGUGGGCUACCUGGCUGGACAGUGUUGUCUCUCAGGCACUAAAACCCUACGAACACAACCCUGUCGCCCUGCCGAAGGCUGCCAAGGUCUUCCUGCUCAACUGGUCCUUCUACAGCUCUAUGGUAAUCCGGGACCUCACUCUGCGCAGCGCUGCCAGUUUUGGCUCUUUUCACCUGAUCCGUUUGCUGUAUGAUGAGUACAUGUACUACCUGAUAGAACACAGGGUAGCCCUGGCUAAAGGAGUGACGCCCAUUGCGGUCAUGGGAGAAUUUGCCAGCACCAUCAAGAGCCGGAUCUCUCCAGACCUGGAGAAAGAAGAAGAAGAGGACGAUGAGGAAGAGGAGAGCGAGGACGAGACUGGAGAUCUGGUGCUGCAGUCCAGCUCUCUGAGUGCGGUCGACGAGGAGAAGGAGCCGAUGGAGCCGCCUGCCAAGCAGCCCAGGACGAGUUUAAAUCUGCACAGUCUGACUGAGACGCACAGCACACCAACUUAGUCAUUCAUUUGUAUACUUAUGACACACACACACACUUACUUUACACGCAUUUUUGCUUUAAGUUUAAUAUCAUGUCAUCCCAUUCUGUCAUCCUGUGUACGCUUCUGGUUUGCAAACAGAUUAUGUGAGUGUGUGUGUGUGUGUGUGUGUGUUGCAAGCAUGUGAGAAAGUGGCAGAGCCUAAUUGCCAAUUUUUUAUCAUGUACUUUUGUGCCACCAUUCUUUUUCUCUUUGCCUUCUCCUGAUCAUUUACGGCCCUUUCCUUGCUCCCUGUGCCUUCCCUGUCCAUCCAGUGGCUGGAUGUCAGUAGCCACUAAGUAUUCUUGAAUCCCUCCUGCCCCGCCUUAACCACUGACCUUAUUGCUGUGGAGAGAUGAUAAGACUCCAGUGUUUUUCAUUGUACUCUAUACUCAAAAAUAUCACUCACCUUGCCUUUUAAAAACAAUGACUAUGCAGGGGAGCUGGACUUUAAUGAAUGGCAUUGUCUGAAAUAUACAUUUUUUUUUUUUAAACCUCAGAGUAGCAUCUGGAAUGAUACUGCACCAUAGAUUUUUGUUGGCACGUGGAUGUUGAUUAACAGCUAUUUGUGGAUGCCAUAUUUUGCUUUUGUCUUUUCCUUGUGAAUUUGGCCAAUUAACUGAUACCCUGUGCCUUUGAGAGAUUUCUAGCUUGAAAAAAAGCUUGUAUUCUAUAUAUUCUGUGUCGGUGGAUUAAUAAAUGAAGGUCCUGUGAAGUAGUCUUGGUGUUGUCAUGAACUUUUAUUAGCUGUGGGGAAAAAAAAGAAAAGAAAAACAAAUCGGAGAUGGUGACAGUCAAGCCUCGUUGUGAUGAUUCUGCUCAGUUUGCUGUACCUCAUCCAUCCAUCCUUUUUAUCCAUCCAUUCUUUCAAGCUCAUAAUGUCUCUUUUACACGCACACACACACACACACAGUCUGGACAGAUGGCUCAAGCGCUACCCCACCACACAAACCUUCAUAGAUGCAGUGCAACCUGAACGGGCCACAGGACAAGGCCAAAGCUUAUCCCACCCAAUCAAGCAGCACUUACUACACUGUAUCCAUGGCAACCUUUGUGCCAGUUAGAUGUACAGCUACAGCGAUCUCAAAGUUUUUUGUAGUGUAAAAGUAGAUGUUUAUUUUCUGGGUAUCAAUGUUGAACAUUUUGUAGAUAACCUAUAUUAUGUACCUUUUGUGAACACUGUCAUAUAUCCAAACUAUUUGUAUGUUGUUUAACCAUUAUUGCCUUAAGAAAUAUGUCGUGGUAUGUCCACCAUCCAGAUUAUUGAGCUAUAUUUUUAUUGUGAUGAUGAUGAUGAUGAUGAUGAUGGACCAAGCAUGUAAAUCUUGUGACUUUCUAGAUGAACCCUUUCCAAAGAGCACAUGCUCAACCAGCAGCCUCUCAUGCGGCAUGUGCAGAUGUUGACUUUACUGAGUGUUUACAGGCUGAAAGGAGACAAAAUAGAAAUUAAAAUGGUUGUAGUGGGAUGUCCUUCAGUAUGGUCUGACUACCCAGAUCCCACCAAAGAGCACUAAAUCGAGAACAAGGGUAUAUUUACAAAUUCUGACUUGAAACUUAAAAUCAACUGCUUACUGCCAUGUCACUAUUAUAAGAAAACAAACUGUCCUUAGCUUGUGCUGCUGAACCUUUUAUAAAAAAGGUCCUCUUGAUGUUCUUCUGAAGACCUUUGUACUCAAUUCUGUGAUCAACGUUUGUAGCUUUAUUCUCAUUGUUAACUAAAAGGAUGUAAUUGCUCUCAAAA